CGCAGUACAUAAAAUCUGAAUCAGUGUUAACAAAAUGGCUACACAAUUCGGACCGUUAUCAGGAGUAUUGGCGGAGGAUAUAAGUAAUGCUUCAAGAAGAAUUGCUGAAAGUCGCGACACGGAUGACAAUGUUUGUCAAGGUGAACUUGGAUCAGCAUUGAAUCAAUGGCAAAGACCAAUAACAGAAUUUGGCUCUAGCUGCAAUGCGGAGUGGGUUGUCAAGUUGAACGCAUCACCGUAUAUUGGUGAAAUAGAUUUCGGAGGAAAAGAAUGGGCACGUUCUCGUGAUGCCGUCGAUGCUGUCAUGGAAUUGCUGUUGAAGGAGUUGCGAGUAAAAGCUUCAACCGACUACGAACAUCUCCGUAUUGAUUCCUACAUUCGUCAAGGCAGUUCAAGAGAUGGCCUGAAAGUAAUCAAACCGGAUGAAUUUGAUACAGUUUUAGAGUUUCACAUCGAGGGAUUACAACUUUCAGAGCAGCACAUUUACAAAAAUAGAAAAUAUGUCCCUGGUUUUUGUUACCUCAAGGUAGACGGAAGCAGUCAAUAUUUACAGGCUCGAUUUCCAAAGCUUUGGCGGGAAAGGGUUUUUGAAGAAAAAGAUGGCACCGUUUAUCUAAGUUCUCGAAUGAUUCACCAAGGUGUAUUUGAGUCACUGAUUGACAAAUCUUGCCGCGUUAUUGAAGAGAAAAUACAAGCAAUGCAACGCUCUAGAAACGUGAAUUUUCAUAUUACCAGAAAAAUGAAUCCUCCCGCUGUGAACAUAACGAUACAUCUCGACGACGACGCAAACGAUUUGUUUAUGAGGCAAGGUCAAAUCAAAAUCCGUACUGACAUCGUUCGGGAAAUUGAUUUAGAUAUCGUUCCUGCCAUACGUUUAAGGGUUGACAGUGAUACAAAAUAUAAUGGCCGUCCUGUCAACGCGGUGAUACACGCUGUCUGCAAGUGGAAAGAGGAAGACGCGGUAAAAUCGUUAGAGUUUGCAGAUCAGAUGUUACUAUGGCAUAUUAAUUCCGCUGGCUAUGAAAGAUAUGCUUUAGAUGUUGCGAGAACAACGCAGAAACAGAAAUAUAUACUCACUGCUCUACGCAUAUUGAAGACCUACUUUACCAAAACUUUGACGAUCGCAAAAAAUGAAAACAGACCUCCGCCUCCUAUUGUCACAGUGCUGAAAUCAUACUACCUCAAGCAGAUAGCAUUGUAUCUGAUUUUGUAUACCUGCCAUCUAUACAAGGAUACGAGAGUUGAUGAUGUGGAACGAGCCUUGAUCCUUUUUGUAGAUAUGUUACAUACAAGUUUGGAGAAGAAACAUUUACCGCAUUUCUUUUAUUCAAAUUCUCAGAUUGGCAGCAUGUUCAACAAUUACCCUUCAUACCAAGAUGCUCUUCGCUUCGAUCUGUACCGAAAAAUUCCGAAUGAAUCAUUGAACCAAGCUGAGGUCUCCUAUGAAAAUCAUCUUCUACCAGAUAUUGGGUUCGUAAUGGCCGAGGCUGAUACAGAAAUCAGUACAUUAAGGUCGGCAUUCUCAGAUGAAAUUGGCCAUGGCGUCUUCUUUUAAUCUGACAUUUUGAUCAAAAUGUACAAGCAUAAAAUAUUAAACUAAGACAUUUUAAAGAAGAAAUCAGUACAUUAAGGUCGGCAUUCUCAGAUGAAAUUGACCAUGGCGUCUUCUUUUGAUCUGACAUUUUUGUCAAAAUGUACAAGCAAAAAAUGAUAAAGUUUUAAGUGUUAAAAGGAUCUUCAAGAUAAUGACUAUCAUUAAUUUGGAUUGAAUUAUUUACAUGGUAAAAUACUAAUUCAAGGCUUGAAUAAUCGAAUGGUUUAUAUAUAUAUGUUUGUGCAUGUAUUAUUUAUUAAAGUAAAUUGUAUGUUGUUUGUACAUAUGCAUAUAUAGUUGAUGUGACAAUGUAUUUAAUUGUAAAUAUGUUUUGCUCUCCAGAUAUGGAGGAAAUAAAAGUAUCUAUCUA